CUUGUGCAUGUUUUCUUGCCCCAUGGCCAUGUGAGGCGCCAAUUACGCCGCUGAAAUUAUUAGCAAGUGUGUUUGCUGCCUCUCCUGUUUAACCGUAGUGCCUCAGUGCCUCUUUGGAGUUUCCCCCCAGCACCAUCUUGCCACACUGGCCUUCACCAUGCUCACUGAAUCUACUCUGGACAAUUAGAUUUUUUUUUUUUUUGGACUCACUUAAUGAGGUUCCACCUGAGGAUUGUAUGGGGGGACUAACAAACCGGGCAGCGUUAACGUCAACCAGGUGGAACCAGUGCGACGGGACAGGAGAUCAGCUGAGGCUUCCACAGCAGGUCACACUAUGACUAAUGAAACCGAAGAUUAACUCACAAGAUACAGCUGAGGGUUGAAGAUCUUAAGCAAGAAACCAGUCAUGGCAGCAUCUGGAGCAGAGCCCGUCGCUAUGGACGCCCAAGAUCAGGAAGUCGUGCACUCCACAUCUCCUCAGGUCAUAAACCACGGCUUCGUGAGGGUCUUAAAGAGUCCUGUGCAGUGGCUGGUCAUCAUUACGCUUCUAAUCUCCUGGGCUGCAGCUGGAAUUUUUAUGUUUGACUUUGUCAGUGAUGACCAGCUGACGAAUUUACAGCACAUUAGCUCAGAUCCCAUGACAGCAGUGAAUGAAGCUGUGGAGGGCUUUACGGACAAAAUGAACCACUUAAAUGACAUUUAUAAUAAUGCACACGAAUACGUUCCUACUGUAAUCACCGAUCCAGUGGCUGUAGUUAACCAGUGGGCUGACUCCUCGACGUCGUUUCUGUUACACGAAACUGAAGGAGUUACUUCAUACCUUAAACCUGGAAUUGGUGUAUUAAAUGAAAUGAAUGACCAGGUUAGGAGCCGGGUUGUACAUUUAUUCCACAUGUUUGAAGAUCUUUUGGAUGCGGUAAUCGCCAGUCCUUUGGAAAUGGUCGCUGAAGCUGUUGCAAAGACAUCAGACAAAACGAUGGUCAUCUUGAGCUCGUUCUCAGGAGUGUUUAAGAGUGUUGAAGUCUGGAUUCCUAAAACAAGCACAACUCCCAUGGAAUUAGCCAGCGAUGUUCUUGAAGGAGCACAAAACCUCAAAAACAACAUCGUCUCACACGUGUCCAACCUGUUCUCUGGUGAUGAAGGUGGUGUUUCAGACCUUAACUUUGAUCCUAUGAAAGUUGUCACAGACACCGUUGAGGAAUUCUCCGACCGAAGGGACAUGUUUUUAGCCUAUCUCUCUAAUAUGCUAAUGGAGGAUAAAGACGACACGCCGCAUGUGAUCAGGAGAAAAGGAGAAUUUCUGCCACCUAAGGAAAAAGUUGCAGAGAUACUGGUCAGGAAAAAGGAUGCGGCAUACCGUAAUCUGAAAAGCAAGCUCUUGAAGGAGGAAAUUGCUAAAUGGAACAUGAAAGACAUUGAGGCUACAGAGGUGAAGGACCAAAGGAAGAGAUCUGAAGAAGAGGAGGAGGAUGAUGAUGUUGAUGACGAUGUAAGCUUAGCAGAAUUACUGGAUAUGGACAUUGAUAAAGAUCCAGGAGAAAAUAUGGAAGAUUAUAUGGUUGAUUAUAUCCUGGAUGACAAGGAAGCAUCUGGACUAAAGGAAGAACAUCAGGAAACUGACUCACAUGAAGCUAAAUUGGGUGAAGUCAUAGAGGAUACUGUUGAAGCGGUAAUGGAGACGAUUCAUGAGAUGGCAGAUGAAGACCCAGUUGAAACUGUCAAGGCUUCUCUCAGUGAUGAAAGAGAAGAAAAUGAGAAGAUAGAUGAACACCAACCUCAAGCAGAUGACACUUCUUCAGAAGUUGCAGCUGAGGAGAACGUUCAUAUUUAUACUGUUGGUGAUGAAGAGGAACCAAUAAAUUCUACAGCAACAAUGGACCACAGUGACCAAACCAAUGUAGAUGCUCACUCAGAGGACCUUGGUGAAGAGGAAUCAGUUGAAAAUGUUGAUGUUUCUGAUGUCACUGUUGAUGAGGAACCAGUAGAAUUACCUAACAGUGCAACCAACAAGACUGAUGAAGACCAAACUGAAGCUGUUGACACUUUCUCAGAGGCCACUAUUAAAGAGGAAUCUGUUGAUUCCACAGAUUCCAAUUUUGAGGAGGGCAAUUUAAAACCUUCCGUGGAAGACGAACCGGUUGUUUCUGGUGUCAGUGGUGAUGAGGAACCAGAUACUAUAACAAACAAGAACGAUGAAGACCAAACUAAAACAAAAACUGGUGAUACGUUCUCAGAUACCACAAUUAAGGAGAAAUCUGUUGCUUCCGACGUUGAAGAAUUAAAACCACUUGCAACCGAAGGCACCGAUGAAGACCAAUCUGAGACAAGCGUACCUUUCUCUGAUGUUUCUUUAGUUCUUGAUGAAGAGAAACUAAUAAACUCAACACAAGUUCCUACACAAGACAGUGAUGAGGAAAAAAAUAAAACUGAAGCUUAUAUAGAGACAGUUCUUCAGGAGCCAGCAACCAGCGAAUCAUCUCUUGCUGCUCAUAAUGGAGUCAAGGAUAAAGUAAAGGAAAAUGAGAUUAAGGAAGUAAAGGAAAAAGAUAAUGGUGAAGAGCCCCAUAAUGUAGAAUUAAGUGAUAAUGUGGUCCAUGAUCAGUUGCAUACAGGAGACGAUGUUAUUCAGAGUGACGAUGAAAAUAAUAACAACAACGAUAGAAAGAGACAACCAGCCAAAAGAGAUCACGUAAGGCAUGGAGAAACAACCAAGGAAACCAAAGAUCAGGAAGAUCAGCUUCAUGAAGAGAAUGAAAAAGUUCUGGAGCAAGAAAGAAUUGCCAACGAGAAAAAAGCUCAGGAGGAAGUUUACAAAGCCAUUCAAGAAAUGCAUGCUAAAAAGGCUACAGAAGAAACAGAACGGAAACUUGUUACAGAAAAAGAGAAGCUGAAAAAAGAGAUGAUAAAAGAAAUGGUGAGACUAAGGAAAAAGCGUAAAGAGGACGUAAGCAAGAUGGCAGAACUUAAAGAGCCUGGAGACUAUGAUGAGAGGGUUAAUGUUACAAUUAAAGCUAUAAAUGUCACCAUGGAGAAAGUUGGACCAGUUGUUAUACAGAAAGAACGUAAAGCUGCUCCAAAAGAAGAGGCCAAAACAAAACCUAAACUAAAAGAGAAGGCAAAACUCAAACCUGAUUCGAAAGAAGAGAUAAAACAUGAACAUGUUACAAAAAAGCAGGCAAAGCCACAACUUGCUUCAAAGGAGAAGGCAAAACAUGAACCUGCUACGAAAGAGAAGGCAAAACCUGAACUUAUUCGAAAGGAAAAAGCCAAACCACAACCUAUUUCAAAAGAGAAGGCAAAACCUGAACCUGCUCCAAAAGAGAAGGCAAAACCUGAGCCUGUUCCAAAAGAGAAGGUAAAACCUGAACCUGUUCCAAAGGAGAAGGCAAAACCUGAACCUGUUCCAAAAGAGAAGGUAAAACCAGAACCUGCUCAAAAAGAGAAGGCAAAACCGGAACCUGCUCCAAAAGAGAAGGCAAAACUGGAACCUGCUCCAAAAGAGAAGGUAAAACCAGGACCUGUUCCAAAAGAGAAGGGAAAACCGGAACCUGCUCCAAAAGAGAAGGCAAAACCUGAACCUCUUCCAAAAGAGAAGGCAAAACCAGAACCUGCUCCAAAAGAGAAGGCAAAACCUGAACCUGCUCCAAGAGAGAAGGUAAAAUCGGAACCUGUUGCAAAAGAGAAGGCAAAACCUGAACCUGCUCCAAAAGAGAAGGCAAAACCUGAACCUGUUCCAAAAGAGAAGGCAAAACCGGAACCUGCUCCAAAAGAGAAGGCAAAACCUGAACCUGUUGCAAAAGAGAAGGCAAAACCUGAACCUGUUCCAAAAGAGAAGGUAAAACCUGAACCUGCUCUAAAAGAGAAGGUAAAACCGGAACCUGUUCCAAAAGAGAAGGUAAAACCGGAACCUGCUCCAAAAGAGAAGGGAAAACCGGAACCUGUGGCAAGAGAAAAGGCAAAACCUAAACCUGUUCCAAAAGAGAAGGCAAAACCUGAACCUGGUCCAAAAGAGAAGGUAAAACUGGAACCUGUUCCAAAAGAGAAGGUAAAACCGGAACCUGUUCCAAAAGAGAAGGCAAAACCUGAACCUGCUCCACAAGAGAAGGCAAAACCUGAACCUGCUCCAAAAGAGAAGGUAAAACCGGAACCUGUUCCAAAAGAGAAGGUAAAACCGGAACCUGUUCCAAAAGAGAAGGCAAAACCUGAACCUGCUCCAAAAGAGAAGGCAAAACCUGAACCUGUUCCAAAAGAGAAGGCAAAACCUGAACCUGCUCCAAAAGAGAAGGCAAAACCUGAACCUGCUCUAAAAGAGAAGGUAAAACCUGAACCUGCUCCAAAAGAGAAGGCAAAACCGGAACCUGUUCCAAAAGAGAAGGCAAAACCUGAACCUGCUCCACAAGAGAAGGCAAAACCUGAACCUGUUCCAAAAGAGAAGGCAAAACCUGAACCUGUUCCAAAAGAGAAGGCAAAACCUGAACCUGUUCCAAAAGAGAAGGCAAAACCUGAACCUGUUCCAAAAGAGAAGGCAAAACCUGAACCUGCUCCAAAAGAGAAGGUAAAACCUGAACCUGUUCCAAAAGAGAAGGCAAAACCUGAACCUGUUCCAAAAGAGAAGGCAAAACCUGAACCUGCUCCAAAAGAGAAGGCAAAACCUGAACCUGUUCCAAAAGAGAAGGCAAAACCUGAACCUGCUCCAAAAGAGAAGGCAAAACCUGAACCUGCUCUAAAAGAGAAGGUAAAACCUGAACCUGCUCCAAAAGAGAAGGCAAAACCGGAACCUGUUCCAAAAGAGAAGGCAAAACCUGAACCUGCUCUAAAAGAGAAGGUAAAACCUGAACCUGCUCCAAAAGAGAAGGCAAAACCUGAACCUGUUCCAAAAGAGAAGGCAAAACCUGAACCUGCUCCAAAAGAGAAGGCAAAACCUGAACCUGUUCCAAAAGAGAAGGCAAAACCUGAACCUGUUCCAAAAGAGAAGGCAAAACCUGAACCUGUUCCAAAAGAGAAGGCAAAACCUGAACCUGCUCCAAAAGAGAAGGUAAAACCUGAACCUGUUCCAAAAGAGAAGGCAAAACCUGAACCUGUUCCAAAAGAGAAGGUAAAACCUGAACCUGCUCCAAAAGAGAAGGCAAAACCUGAACCUGUUCCAAAAGAGAAGGUAAAACCUGAACCUGCUCCAAAAGAGAAGGCAAAACCUGAACCUGCUCUAAAAGAGAAGGUAAAACCUGAACCUGCUCCAAAAGAGAAGGCAAAACCUGAACCUGCUCCAAAAGAGAAGGCAAAACCUGAACCUGCUCCAAAAGAGAAGGCAAAACCUGAACCUGUUCCAAAAGAGAAGGCAAAACCAGAACCUGUGGCAAGAGAAAAGGCAAAACCUGAACCUACUCCAAAAGAGAAGGCAAAACCAGAACCUUUGGCAAAAGAUAAGGCAAAACCUGAACCUGCUCCAAAAAAGAAGCCUGAACUUGCUCCAAAAGAGAAGGCAAAACGUGAACCUGUUCCAAAAGAGAAGGCGGAACUUGCUCCAAAAGAGAAGGCAAAACCUGAACCUGUUCCAAAGGAGAAGGCAAAACCAGAACCUGUGGCAAGAGAAAAGGCAAAACCUGAACCUGUUCCAAAAGAGAAGGCAAAACCUGAACCUGUUCCAAAAGAGAAGGCAAAACCUGAACCUGCUCCAAAAGAGAAGGCAAAACUGGAACUUCCUCCAAAAGAGAAGUCUGAACUUGCUCCAAAAGAGAAGGCAAAACCUGAACCUGUUCCAAAGGAGAAGGCAAAACCAGAACCUGUGGCAAGAGAAAAGGCAAAACCUGAACCUGCUCCAAAAGAGAAGGCAAAACCAGAACCUGCUCCAAAAGAGAAGUCUGAACUUGCUCCAAAAGAGAAGGCAAAACGUGAACCUGUUUCAAAAGAGAAGCUGGAACUUGCUCCAAAAGAGAAGGCAAAACCUGAACCUGUUCCAAAAGAGAAGCCGGAACUUGCUCCAAAAGAGAAGGCAAAACCUGAACCUGUUCCAAAAGAGAAGGCAAAACCAGAACCUAUUCCAAAAGAGAAGGCAAAACCUGAACCUGCUCCAAAAGAGAAGGCAAAAACAGAACCUGUUCCAAAGGAGAAGGCAAAACCUGAACCUGUUCCAAAAGAGAAGGCAAAACCGGAACCUGCUCCAAAAGAGAAGGCAAAACUGGAACUUGCUCCAAAAGAGAAAGCAAAACCAGAACCUGUGACAAGAGAUAAGGCAAAACCAGAACCUAUUCCAAAGGAGAAGGCAAAACCAGAACCUGUUCCAAAAGAGAAGCCUGAACCAGCUCUAAAAGAAAAGGCAAAACCAGAACCUGUUCCAAAAGAGAAGGCAAAACCUGAACCUGUUCCAAAAGAGAAGGCAAAACCUGAACCUGUUCCAAAAGAGAAGGCAAGACCACAACCUGUUCCAAAAGAGAAGGCAAAACCUGAACCUGUGGCAAAAGAGAAGGCAAAACCGGAACCUGCUCCAAAAGAGAAGGCAAAACCUGAACCUGCACCAAAAGAGAAGGCAAAACCUGAACCUGUUCCAAAAGAGAAGGCAAAACCUGAACCUGCUCCAAAAGAGAAGGCAAAACCGGAACCUGUUCCAAAGGAGAAGGCAAAACCUGAACCUGCUCCAAAAGAGAAGGCAAAACCGGAACCUGUUGCAAAAGAGAAGGCAAAACCUGAACCUGCUCAAAUAGAGAAGGCAAAAGUAGAACGUGUUCUGAAAGAGAAGGCAAAACCAGAACCUGUUCCAAAAGAGAAGGCAAAAGUAGAAAGUGUUCUGAAAGAAAAGGCAAAACCUGAACUUGUUCCAAAAGAGAAGGUAAAACCUGAACCUAUUUCAAAAGAAAAAGCAAAACCAGAACCUGUUCCAAAAGAGAAGUUAAAGCCUGUAACUGUUCCAAAAGAAAAGGUAAAACCUGAACCUAUUUCAAAAGAAAAAGCAAAACCAGAACCUGUUCAAAAAGAGAAGGCAAAACCUGAACUUGCUCCAAAAGAGAAGGCAAAACCAGAAUCUGUUCUAAAAGAGAAGGCAAAACCACAAACUGUUCCAAAAGAGAAGGCAAAACCUGAACCCAUUUCAAAAGAAAAGGUAAAGCCUGUAACUGCUCCAAAAGAGAAGGCAAAACCAGAACCAGUUCCAAAAGAGAAGGCAAAACCUGAACCCAUUUCAAAAGAAAAGGUAAAGCCUGUAACUGCUCCAAAAGAGAAGGCAAAACCAGAACCAGUUCCAAAAGAGAAGGUAAAAUCUGAACCUACUCUAAAAGAGAAGGCAAAACCAGAAUAUGUUUUAAAAGAAAAGGUAACACCUGAACCUGCUCCAAAAGAGAAGGCAAAACCGGAACCUGUUCCAAAAGUAAAGGCAAAACCAGAACCAGUUCCAAAAGUGAAGGCCACAGCUGUACCUCCUCCAAAAGAGAAAGCAAAACCUGAACAUGUUCCAAAAGAAAAGGUCAAACCUGUACCUGCUCCAAAGGAGAAGGCAAAGCUUGAACCUGCUCCAAAGGAGAAAGCAAAACCAGAACCCACUCCAAAAGAAACAGCAAGACCACAACCUGCUUCAAAAGAGAAGGCAAAGCCUGAACCUGUUCCAAAGGAGAAGGCAAAACCUGAACCCGUAGCAAAAGAGAAGGCAAGACCAGAACCUGCUCCAAAAGAGAAGGCAAAACCUGAACCUGUUCCAAAAGAGAAAGCAAAACCUGAACCUGCUCCAAAAGAGAAGGCAAGACCACAACCUGUUCCAAAAGAGAAGGCAAAACCUGAACCUGUUCCAAAGGAGAAGGCAAAACCUGAACCUGCUUCAAAAGAGAAGGCAAAACCUGAACCUGCUCCAAAAGAGAAGGCAAAACCUGAACCCGUAGCAAAAGAGAAGGCAAGACCAGAACCUGCUCCAAAAGAGAAGGCAAAACCUGAACCUGUUCCAAAAGAGAAAGCAAAACCUGAACCUGCUCCAAAAGAGAAGGCAAGACCACAACCUGUUCCAAAAGAGAAGGCAAAGCCUGAACCUGUUCCAAAGGAGAAGGCAAGACCACAACCUGUUCCAAAAGAGAAGGCAAAACCUGAACCUGUUCCAAAAGAGAAGGCAAAACCUGAACCCGUAGCAAAAAAGAAGGCAAGACCAGAACCUGUUCCAAAAGAGAAGGCAAAACCUGAACCUGUUCCAAAAGAGAAGGUAAAACCUGAACCUGCUCCAAAAGAGAAGGCAAAACCUGAACCUGCUCCAAAAGAGAAGGCAAAACCUGAACCUGCUCCAAAAGAGAAGGCAAAACCUGAACCUGCUCCAAAAGAGAAGGCAAAACCUGAACCUGCUCCAAAAGAGAAGGCAAAACCUGAACCUGGUCCAAAAGAGAAGGCAAAACCUGAACCUGUUCCAAAAGAGAAGGCAAAACCUGAACCUGUUCCAAAAGAGAAGGCAAAACCUGAACCUGCUCCAAAAGAGAAAGCAAAACCAGAACCUGCUCCAAAAGAGAAAGCAAAACCAGAACCUGCUCCAAAAGAGAAGGCAAAACCUGAACCUGUUCCAAAAGAGAUGGCCAAACCAGAGAAGGCUAGACCCAUACCUUCUCAUAGGAAAGAGGCUGAAAUGGCCAAGGAGGCAGUCCCAGUGAAGAAGGAGCGUGAUGUUGCCAAAAAGGCUACACCGAUCACAGUGAAGAAAGAGCCAGAAGUCACUAAAGAAACACAGAUCCCUGUGGUGUAUCCCAGUGCCAAAGAUAUCGCCAUGGAAGUGGAGCUUCUUAAAGCCAUCAACCAAAAACUGUCCAUUCUGGAUAUACUGAGGAAAGACAUUGGUGAAAUAAGAACUGACCUGGAGGUCACACAAACCCAAAUUGAUCAAUUAAGGAUGGACAAUCGAACGCUCAAAGAGCCUAAAGAAUUCAAGGAGAAAGUAAAACCUGCAGUUAUGAAGAAAGGUCCCUUGAAAGAGAAGCUUAAAAUAUCUACUGUGGUCAAAGGACGUGAAGCUCUGAAAAACAUCACUAAAGCAGCCAGUGUGAAGAAAGAGCGGGUUCUAAAGAACAUCACCAGAUCAGCAUUUGGAAAGAAAGAAGAACAAGCUCCAAAAGAAAUGGUCCAAAAGGAAAGACUUGAACAUAAAAAGAAAGAAAAAACUCCUGAGAUCACAUUGCCUAAAGAGAAGAAAACAACAGAUGAGCCUGUGGUGACCAAAGCUCCUGAACCAGCAGAAGAGGAAGAAGUCCCCUACUUCCAGUGUUUCUACGUGGAUGAAUAUGACAUCCAGUAUCCCUUCUUCCCCUUUUCACCACCUUUCUUAUGAAGGUCACCAGCAUCAAGUUGCGUGAAAUGUCGACAUCUACGAUACAUACAAUAACCUUCAAAGGUUACUGAUACACAGUUGGUCCUCAAUGACGAAAUCGAGGAAGUUGAGGACAAUUACUUUUAAUGAGCUUUCAAAACCGGGACAAAACAAGCAAUUCCAUUUACUGUCUAAGUGUGUGUCUCGUUCUAGAUAUGUUUAUGUUGCUGUAGAUAUGUUUAGCCUCCCAGUAUUUCAGACAGCGUCAGUAAAAUGGAAUCUGAGUCGCAUACUGUAGAACCAGUUCAAGGUAAACAGCUUUGUACUUCCUGUUUCUUGUUUUGUACACUAAAUGUAAGUCUUAAAAGGAAUGGCAGAAACGUUUGUCCGUGAAAGCUCUGACAGGCGACGACGGAUAAAAAGCACUCGUCUGAUCACAGAAAACGUUUUUAACGCGCUGUGUUAAACGACGAGGUUUUGAACCUACACCUAAACAUGCGAAGGUACUUGCGCCUCAUUUUGAUAGAGUGCUGAUUCAAGCAUUCCACUUAUGUUCAAUCAAAAUGAUGGAUGAAAUAGAUUUCCUAUGAUGAUACUGUAUAACAAAAAACUUCACAGGAAUCGAAGUUAAUGCAGAAACUGAAGGUACACUCGGUGUGCAGUAUCUCAAGGAUAGAUUAGUGGACUGUGAAGUCUGCCAAUGCAAAAUGACUUUUCCAACCUGCUCUAUGUAGCUGAAUUUUAUAAUAUUUACGUAACCAAAGCUACAAGCACUAAUCCCAUCAUCCCUAUUCUUAGCUAGUGUGAAAUUUAUAACUGUAUACAUUUUCAAAGGCAUGCGAUUAUGGGACCCUGAUAUUAAUUUAUUCCUUCAUCCUUUAAGGAAAUUCAUAAGAUCGUCAAGUGCCAUCAUGAUUUAUUUAAUCACCAAGCUGUGAUUGAAGGAAAGGCAUAGUAACUCGUGUUCACAUGAUGAUUAAGUUAGAAAUAUGUAAACAGAUUAAGGAAUAAAACAUCACACAGCAUGCUGUUACAGUAAAAUAAUCGAUGACGUGGUGUUGUGAUGCAGCCCAACACAAAGCACAGUCACAGCACGAUCCUGAACGUUUGAUUCGUUUUAUACGACAAUAAAAUGGUCAACGACUACAUUUUUUAAAAUGAUUUAUUAACAGGAUGUAGUACGUUUUAUUUGUUUGUAGUUACAAUGUUAGUUAGUUGUGUAGUUACACUUACAUUAAGCAUCUGUAAACAUUUGUUUACUUUUUUCUGUAACUACAUUUUGCUGAUAAACUAAAAAGUCUUUCCAACUUGAGGACUUGGUGGAAAACUUAACCUGAAGUUUACCUCUAAUUUGUUACUACAGUAAUAUUAACAUAUUAGAACAAAUGUGUUGAAAUACACAUGGCUUAAAGCCUGAAUUAUCGUCAGAAAUGACUGCAACACCUUCUGACCAAUCAGAAUCGGCGCUGUGGUGGACAGUACAAUCUCAACUCCAACCGUGGCUCUCAGUUUUGUGUUUUCGAAACACAGUCCUGGUGCAUUGAGUAGAUCUCGUAAAUAUUAGCUAAUUCACUAUUUCCAAGAAUACCUACAGACACAUUAUCUGUAGAUGACAUUGUAGUUGUGCACUUUGAGGCUUACAGGAAUAAGCUUGGUUAUAAGCUGUCCUUUUGUAUUUGCAUGAUAUUGCUCAAAAGAACAACCUACAUCAGUUUAACCGACCAAAGACGAUCGUUAUCGACACUGCAUUGACAAUUUUGGGCCAAUUGUUCUAUAUAUCAUGUUUUGAUGAAUAUUGGUGCUCUAAAACCAAUAUUUUAGAUCAUGAUUUGGUCCAAAUUGAGCAUAACGAUGAUGUUCAGCUUGAAAUAAGUCAAUGUAUGUUAAACAAAUCUUUUGAGAUUUCACUUUAACUGCAUAAAUUACUUAUUUAUUUAUUUAUUUAAUAUUCAAGCACAAUCACAGGCUGAUUCUAACAAAUCGGACUCUUCUGUCAGUAUGACUCUAGAGGUAAAAAUGGUUGAGAGUUAAUUCGUAGAAGAUCUGUCCGAGAAUUUCUCAGAAUAUUAAAAAUGACCGAUUAGAUCAUUAUUAAGUGUUUAAUAAAUGGCAAAUCUCAAAUAGUUUUGGGAAACAAUGCCAAUAAUAGAAAUCAUGUAAAGAUACAAAUUGAGUAAAAAAAAAGUUUUUCUUUUCCAACACAGCACAUUUUACUAAAAAUAUCGGUCUUAUGUACUUUAAUGUAAACAAUGUUUGAUUCGGAUGAAGAAUUUUUAAACUGAAUCUAACCUUAUGUUUACUAAGCCUCUUUUUUUUCAUUCUUUUUACUGUUUACUUGAGAAAAUGACAUAAAAGAUUUUUUUUUUGUUGCAAACAGCUUCAUACACAGAAAUGAAAAUGCUGUUUCACAGAAUUUUUGUUUUAAAUAAAACAAGCUCAGUAUAUAAAAUGCUUGUUUUGGAUGUUGUAUGAGAUGUUAAAGUCUAAGGAAGGCCAUGAUGGUGUUGUACAGAGAAGAAAUACAGCGUAAGGUUUAAAUAGUUUAAAAUGUCUACGAAUGCUGUAUACUGUAUAACAAGUGGCAUCUGUAUUUUUACUUCUUUAUUCUUCAGAUUGCAUGAGGUGUGUUUUCUGCUUUGUGUAAAACUGCAGUUAGAGUAAUAACUGAUCUAAAAUCCUGGCUGAUAAAAUGAACUAGUAUGAAUGAAAUUUGUCAUUAAUGUAAGUAGUAUAAUUUUAACUGCAUUUUCUUUUCUUUUCUUUUUUUUUGGAUUUACCCCAGUGGUUGUCAAAGUGACCUCCGGGGACCUCUAGGUGGACUAAGAACUGCAAUGUUCUGUGAAUAAAUAUUUAUGAAUA